AUGGGAAACAGACAAGGUCACAACAAGGAGGCGAGCAAACCCAAAGAGGAAAAGAAAAAUGAAAAAGAUGUACAAAAAGGAAAAAAGAAAGAAAAAGCAGAAAAACGAAAGAAACAACUCGGAAACGCAGUUUUGGACCCCGAAAUUGACUUUGACGAAUCAAGCCAUGUGACUGGAGGCGAUUCUGAGUCAUGUGUAUUUCAUUCCGCGGAAAAUAUUUCGUUCAGUCCCUACCUGGACUCAUCCACCAGAUCCGAACACGAACAAGGCGCAUCCUGGUUAGGGGUGAACGAGCAGGCCUCGCUAGGUGCCCAGCACCCGUACGUCUUAUCGUCUAAAGACUUUCAAGAUGGGUUCUCUCUAGAAGCAUGCAUUCCUUCAGAGAUCGCUCGCUUGGAAGACGUGACUUCAUCUACAAAGUCUCGACAGGGACAACGGACUCUCAAUCCUAACAGCAGCACUGCAUCAAAACUACCAGCAGAGCUUGCGACCAGCUUCACUGGGUCUCAUUCUUCAGCUAGCGGCGAGCACGGUGACAGCUUCCCUGCCACAUAUUCGCCCUUAGUGGGAACCACAGACAGAAGUAAAGUCUCCGCAUCCCCAACAUCAACCCCUGUUCAGAAAUGUAUUCGAACGGAGUCGCAAGAAAAGCGGCCACUUUCACCAACAAGCGGCCAGCACCAUCCUCACUUCUACAACCACAACCGGAUAUUUCAGCACCCGUCUCCUUUACCUGUCCUUAAACCAACAUCCCCUAAGCCGCAGAGGAGAACUCUAUCGCCAAAAAUAUCAUCUCCCUUCAAGGUGACCACGUCAGAGAGUUCAUCGCCUGCGCCUUCGACCCCGGGUCCCCAGCGAAGAGCUGCGAACUUUCUAGCUCUUUUCAGAUCCAGCAGUAAGCGAGGAAAAGCAGAAACAAACAAUGACGAAGACAGUAAAACGGACUCAGCGUCUGAGGAGACGCGAGGCAGAAGCUAUUCAACCAGCAACGAAAGUGACAGAAAGGUCAAAUCUAAACCAGCGUGGAAAACUUGGGAAAGACCACGAAGUAAGAAAUCAAAAAAACCGAUUAAAGAUUCCAUCUUCGGUACUUCAAGAAAAAAUGAUAAACAAGCUGAUAAACUCUGCACCGAAGACAGAGCUGAAACUACAAGCAAAGAAGAAACAGCAGAGGCAUCCGUUGCAACAAAUGAAGUUGUGUUUCCGUUGAUCACUGAUUCAAGCGUAUGUGAAAAAGAAACUCAACAAAAAUCACGUUUUGUGACGCUAGCAACGCAGAAACACAGCCAGAUAAGCACUGUCAGUUCCAAUUUAGAAACCAAAUCAAACAAAGAAAAAGUUGGCUAUGUCGAAAGUGGGCAUCUUAUCCGGGAGCGUAGCCCGCCAUUAUCUUCAACAGCAGCUGUGUGCAUUAUGAAGCUAGAAGAGCUGGAACGGUCAAUAGAAAAAACCAUUAGAGAAAAAUUCCCUGACGCAGAACCUUUCCUAAUUAAAGAGAGGUCUAAAGAAGAACUUCACGGAUCAAGAUCUCUACCCGCAACUCCAUCAAAUAAAAAGAAGCUUCACCUUGUUCGAGAUGAGGGGAAACAAAGCGUCAACACGAAGCUAUACAACAGGGAUGUGACAAGAUUUUACAAUGAGACAUACGAAUCGCCAAGUCCAUCCACAUCCCCAAUAGUUCUGCGCCGGUUUGGAGCCCGCACGAGGCACGCCAGUAUCUCACCAAAAAUGCAGCGAGCAAAAACUGCAGCUCUGUUUAACUCCCCAAGUGAAAUGUCCAGUUUUGGUGCCUCUAGAACUGUCCAGAGCACAUCGCAAGUUCUUGUCUGUCACAGAUUAUCUGCACAGCAAGAGGGGCCCCCGGAAAUGCCCAGAUUAUUUUCGGCAGCUCAGAAAUCAGUGUCUAAAUAUGAUAAUGUCAUGGUCGAUGAAGAGGCACCAACGCCAUUAUUUAACCAGGAUAACUGUUCACCUCAUGAUGACGAACAGUUAAAAGACAACAAUAGAGAUCAAGUUAAUAAAACUUUGGUUGACCAUAACAAUAAAAACGGAAGAGAGCAGCCAGAAGUUAUGAUUCCAACAUUGUCUGCUGUGUUUGGUUCUGUUUCGCCAAAACUUAGGAGACACCUUCAAGUUAAAUUUGAUGAAAUAAACGAUAAUAUUGAGGGAGACAAAGCACAGACAGAAGAAAAUGUUCAGUUACAAGGCUGCUGUAAUAAAAAGGAAACAAGCCAUGAAGACUUGAAGGGAAGGCAUAGAACAGAAAGAGAAGUUACUAAAGCAAGUUUAAGUUCAUUUCCCGUCUGUUCAGAUUCUUCUGAUAAGAGGUCUGGAUUAAUUAAACCAAAAGAACAUGAACUUCGCAAAAGAAGUUCACAGUCUGCAGAUAAAUCUGAAGAGAAAGCAGACGAACAACAAAAAACAGCCCAACCUCCUAGGGAAAUAUAUACAGCUUCAGAAAUUAUCGGCACAGCGUCACUGCUUGCAGACAGAACUGAGGGUAUAAAUAACUCGCUUUCCGAAAUGAGGGCAACUAGAGACAACCCUGCUGAAGCCAGCUGUAAAGAUAACACGAAAUCCAGGGUGAGUUCUUCCCCGCAAAGUGCAGGUAAACCUUCCAACGAAACAGAGAAGGAAAAAUUAAUUUCGUUUGGGCAAAAACAGGCUGUGGCGUGUGCUGUGUCUUCGCAAACUACACAGCCUGGAGAAAUUCGCGGCACAAAAAUAACCGCAAAAUCAGGGCAGCUGGGUUCUUCUGCCACAAAACUCCCACAUUCCACAAAUCGUGUGUUGUUAUUUGAUUCGUCUGUCUCCUCUCCGAAUCGUUCUACUCCCAUAUAUCCCCCCUCCCCAGCUACACUUGGACACGAAUCAACAUGUUCAGAAAAGAAUGCUGGCAUUGCGCAAGCGCAAGAUACACCGUUAGAUCAACGCCACGGUUGUAAACUUGCCAGUACACGCAACACAGUUGACAAUUCACAAGGAACAAUCCCUCUUUCACAACCGUCCUCGUCUUCUUUAUUAUCAUCCGAAGGCGACGGACACUUAUCAGAUUGUGUGACAUUUUCCAGGAAAGCACACGGUGAUUUAUCAAAAGAGGAGCUAACUGCAGAUAUUUCGUUACGAGGUGAUUUUGUUUCCAAAAGCCGUCCACAAGACGCUCAGACUUUGUUGAUAAGGGAUAGUGAGAGAGACAGGGUUACUGUUGAUACACGUGAAGAAUCCAAUGAUUCAGAAAGUGAUUUAAGUUCUCUAGCUAGUCAGAAGUCUGUGGGAAUUUGUUAUGGUUCCGAGACCAGUGUCGACCGAGUAGAGAAUCAGAGAGUAAGUUUACAACUGAAGCGAGAUGUUGGGCAGGCGAACAAGGUCACUCAGGAUGAGGAACGAGUGUCUGUUUUCAAACAACCGCUGUCUGAGGUCAUCUCUCAAAUGAUAAGUCGUAGCAAGCUACAGCCACAACAGCACGAAAGACAUCUUCGGCAACAGCAACAGCACAAACAACACCGUCAGCGACCUGGCAUCACUUUACCUGACCAGAUUGUAGUUCAGUCACAACUCGUAACAGUCCAGAAACACGAGCAGCUGAGCGAGGUUCUGCAGAGACGAGGUCUGCAAGGUCCUGCAGGUCCUACUGCUGCAGACGUCAAUGACAACUUAUGCCAGUUAAGAUGUCAAGAAAUUCAAACGGAUUCAUUUACAACAGCCGACAAGAGCGUCGACAGCCGAGGAUUAAUUGACAUUGCAGAAAACUUUGGAAUGUCGAAAACUGUUCAGACUCAGAAUCCAAUUGUAACCCCUGUUAAAUCUGACCAGGAGACUACAAAAGAUGAACAGACAAGCGGUUGUUCUGAGAAAAAGUUUGUAAAAAUGGCAUCAAACGGAAGGAAGACGAAUGAAAUAGAACUUCUAGACGAGUCAAACACAACAGAACAUGUUCCCCCUCCUAGUCCUACAGCACUACAGCAACUAAUUGAGGAAUCUGGGGAAGAGGAUGACUAUGUAGAAGAAGAAGAUGAUGAAGAAGGGGAAGGUGUCCAGGCAAUGGCGACUAUGUCCAGAGAACAGCAAGAGAUUAAAGAAUUCUCGGACACAAUUUUUAAACGAUUGUCUGAACUCUUGGGUAGUAGCAACCAGGAAGAUGAUGAUGGCGCGGAGGAAAUCCAUCAGAGCAAUAAUGACGAGCCUGAAGAUUCUGCAAGUGAUAAAGACGAUUUCCCAACACGCGAUACAUAUUUGGAAGACACUGAAGGCAGCAACAUUGACAUCUCAACCAUGACUGAAAACUCUGCUUCAAUCCAGACCGGUUUUCCUGUUUCCCCUCUAGUUAAAAUUCUAACUGUAGACACUUCAUCAUCCUUAACGACAACAACGUCUUCUGAAUCAGACGUCGAUGACGCUCCGUUGAUGUUUCAUUCUUUUCAGAACGAUGAAAACAACGAUGAAAACGUGUUUAAAAACACUGACGAUUAUGCUCAGAGAAAUGAAGAGGAUAUCGAUCACUCUUUUCUGGAUUUUGAGGAACUACAACCCGUCAAACCUCACGAACCUGACCACAAACCUAACUCUCGUGAAUACCACAGUGACGAUGACGUUGCCAAAGGACGAGGCAUUCCCGAUUAUUACGAUGACAAACCGUUGUGGUCGCGACGACAGAAGCCACCCGGUCAGCUGUCCGCAGCCAUGAUGGCUAUACGCUGGCGAGAAAGAAGAGAAAGAUGGCUGAAGAAACGGCGUCGCAACAGAACCGACUUAAUGAGCACCGGAAGCAGCGACACUGGCUCGGAAUAUUCCCUUAACCGACACAGUGAACCAACUGACGAUAACUAUUUUGAUAACAAUGAUCAUGACGUCGACAACACAAAACGCACAAAUGACAUGGGAUCUGGGAUAUUGACCUCACCGAAAUAUUCAAAGCCCAUUCUACCAUUUUUUGACAACCAGGCUAGGAGUGUUGAACCAGAAAUCUCUAGCCAGGCUCACUCUUCGGUUCAUCGCAGGAAACGCCACGAAAGCAGAUCCAGCAGAAGCGGCGGCUCUGUUAAACAAGGUUCAAACUCCGCGCAAAACAAUGACAGAGACAGAAAAUGCAUAGACACACAGGAUAAAAACACGGAUAAAGAAAACGGCAACGAAAUUUAUGCUCACACUUCUGCUGGUGUCAAAUCUGUUAUUGAAGCCCCCAGUAUAGAAGACACAUUUCAAGAACUGAUGUCUGUUCAAACCAUUCUCAAAGAGAUGCAGGAAUGUAAAGGUUCUGUUGACGACAAUACCGGAAAACCGGAUCUUUUACCACUGACUACCGAAAAUGUCCGGUCUAUUAGAGAAUACUACAAAGACUUUUACUCAUCUGGCAACGGUCGCCGGUCAAGAAUGUCCGCCACAGACCGGACAGAAUCCGAUCUUGAUUUAUAUUCAGAAAUCCAGGACGAUGCUAGUUCAGAAAGUGAGUUGUAUGCCGACGACGAAGGAGACGAUGACGGCCAAGAACCGUACGCGACUGCAGAAGACGACCCUGGAGCAACAGGCCGUGGAAGUGGUAGAAACAACAAACGCGAUGAAGGAAGACUGGACAAGGAAGAGGAAGACGAUUCAGACACCAGCCUAGUUCUCAGCUGUACGUUUUACAACUCGAAAACACAUCAACAAAAUGUCAUCGACACAACCGAACUCGGCCCAACGGCCAUAUAUCCAUUCGAAACAAAAACAGCUCACAGGCCAACCCCGGUUCCACAGCCUCUUACGACACAUACAAACCUCAACAGCGACGAUGAGUUCUGGUCGGGAAGUGCUGCCAUAGACGAAAGCUACAGGCAACUAGAGACAGCAGCUGAUGCAGUCAGCAGCACAUUCCAGAACGCACGCGAACAAAUGCAUGACAUUCAGUACCACUUGCAAGCUCUCAGGCGACAGAUGGAAGUCAUGCAGAGCGACAUCACAAACGUUUCCUUGUCUCUAUCUCAAAGUACCUCUACGGAGUACUUCAAGAAAUGA